CGCUGCUCUUGUCAACGCAUGUGUGUGAUUCUGGCACGCAUGGCGCAUAUAUCGGAAUAAUUUAUGAGCUCGCUGCUUUGAUAUUUUGUUUCAUAACAUUGCAACUUUUGUAAUGUCUCAAUUUAUAUUUAUGUUGACGAGAAUGCGAAGAAUCUCGUAAGGAAUCGCGCGCGUGGUGUAUUUGUGAAAAUCCUAGAGCAUAGUGUCCGAAAAUGCAGAAAGAGCAACAUGACGCGAACACGUGUAAGGGCGAAUUUUAUGUCGCAGCUGCGAAAUAUUGGGACCGCAUUCCGCCUACGGUGGACGGGAUGUUAGGAGGAUUCGGAUUUAUCUCGCAGAUUGACAUAAAAGGCUCCACGUUUUUUCUAAAAUCUCUUUUCGAGUUAAAAAAUCCACCUUCCAAAGCGUGUGCCCUAGAUUGUGGUGCUGGUAUUGGUAGAAUCACCAAAAAUUUAUUAAUAAAACAUUUUAAACGUAUAGAUCUAGUCGAGCAAAAUCCCAAGUUUUUAGAGGUAGCAAAAAUCUCUCUGGAAAACUAUUCAUCGAGAAUCGAUCAGUAUUAUCCGAUUGGCUUGCAAGACUUCUGCCCUGUAGCAAAUAAAUAUGAUGUUAUAUGGUGUCAAUGGGUAUUGGGGCAUCUACGGGAUGAUGAUUUAAUAGAAUUUUUCAGAAAAUGCUCAUUGGGUUUAAAAAAUACUGGUGUACUUGUGGUAAAAGAAAAUAUUACAAGUUCCAAUAAUUUGGAAAUUGACACGGAGGAUUCCUCUGUAACCAGACCAAUGAAAUGCUUGCAAUUUCUGUUUGAUAAAGCUGAUCUUAUUUGUGUUAAGGAACAACAACAAACUAAAUUUCCGCGUGGUUUAUAUCCAGUUUAUAUGUUUGCUCUUAGACCAAAAAAUCAUUACAGUGAAUUAGUUAAUGAUGCAUAGUAUACAAAUCAAAUAUGUCAUUGUUCUACUUUUUUUCAUAAUGCAUCCUUAGAUAGAUCUAUCUAAAUUAUUUAUGUAACUAUAUCAGUUUCUUAGAAAUUGGAAGUGCUAAGAUAAAAAAUUUUGAAGGAAAGCUUUUAUGUCGUGCCCAGUUUAUAUAUGUAGGAAAAAAAUAAAUUAUUAAAACUACAUAGAAUUAAUGAUAAAUUAAUGUUUUUUUUAUAAAAAAAACUUUUGCAUUUAAUUAUAUAUACAUUAAGUACACAUUCAGUAGUUAUUCGUCGCAGGAAUAUUGGAAGUAAAUUUGCAUUAUUAUAUUCUUCAAGUAAAGUUUUAUGUAAAAAAGUAGAGAUUUAUUUUGGCCGUAUCUUUUCAUACAUAAAGCGCUGAUUUGCAUCUUGAGGGGAAGCAUUUAUGAGUCGUCUUUUUACAGCAUGAAAAUGUUCCAAAGCAAAAUUAUAUAAUUCAUUUUCCAUUUUCCACACAACCGACUGCUGAAUCUUCUCUACUGUCUCAGGUAAUGGAUUGAGUUUUUGAGUAGUUUGUCGUAAAUGUGACUUGUUGUCUGAAAUUAAAAGAAAAGUAUAUUAUAAUAUUUAAUGUGAUUCAUGAUAUGUUAACUGUGAUAAUUGAAUAAAGGAAAAAUAUAUGUUACUGUGAUUUCGAGAAAAAGUUUUAAUAAAUGCUCUAAUAGACAC